GUACAGGAAGCGCGGUGACGCUGGCGCGGUUGUUGAAAACAAACCCGGGGAAGUUGUUGUUGACAUGUCGCUUAAAGAUAGAGAGUUCAGACACUCAAACCGCUGCAUAGCUUCUAAUACACGGUUUUUGAACGGAAAGCCGUGAGGCAUCACAAAGCUAAACAUGGAGUUAUCUCCGCUUAUAAAGAAAAUAGGUCACUCUUUAGUGGAAAUUAGAGUUCGAGCGCUGAAGAGCAUCUUAAGUAAGCUGGACCAUUCCCUCAUCACUGUGACUGACAUUGUUCAAGAGAAGAUGCUGUUUGUCUAUCUGCUUGAGUGGUUCAAUUUCCCGGAGGUUCCAAUGAAGGAGGAAGUCCUUGAAUUGCUUUUAACAUUAGCAAAGCAUCCUAGUUCAGCGCAGAUGCUGAGGGAUGUCGGGGCGGUGGACUUUCUCUCUCAGCUUUCUCCUACAAUCGAGCCCAAACUGCGAGCUGUCAUCGAUGGAACCCUGGACCAGCUGUUCCAGCUUCCUGAGCUAGUCCCCAGUCAUUCAGCUGUCUACUCUCAUGGACCGUGCAGCGCAACUACAACAGCCCCGACACUUGUUCCAGUUGACGAUAAUGUGCCUAAAAUGGGUUAUUUCCACAAGAGUAUGCACCACAAUACAAAUGUACCACCUCAGAAGAUUGCAGUGCGUGAAUCUGUGAGAUGUCUGAAAUUUUCUGUAUUUCCAUGGCUGACUUUAACAAACACGGACCGACACAUACUUUCUUCCAAUGAGAGCUCUCUGGGGAGCAGCAACCCUAACAUGGUGAGGACAACCUGUGAACUUCUGUGUGACGUGAUUCUGCAGGACUUUCCAGCAGAAAUUUUCCUGCAAAGGCCUGGAAUCGUUAAGAACCUUUUGUUGCUGCUCAGGGUGGGUUCAGGUAAAGGUGAGGUCAGCUACCUCCACUCAUCUGCUCUGUCCUGCCUGCGGCAGCUUUGUGUGGGACUGAAGAGGAGGCUGCGCUUUCAUCAAGAUCCAGGCUUCUACUCAGCAAAACAGGAUCCGGUGUCGCAGAACUCGUCCUUCUCUUACACCCAGGAGGUUCGGGGGAACCAGCGCUCACAGGCCUCCUCUCCUGCGGCCGAGUGCUCUCCUCGGCCCUCUGUGGUGGGUCGCACAGGCCAGAGAGCCAGGGGAGACGGUCAGGACGGAGACGCAGCCUCUAACAGUGGCAGCUCACACGGAGGCGGGGCAAGGGCCCCAACCCCGCAACAGACGCCCCGUUCCCCUGCAGACGCAGCUCACCUGGAGCUUCCCGACCUGAGCAUGGAAGACGUUCUGGAGCUUCAGUUGCAGCAGCUCAGCGUGGCCCAGUUUGCUGUUGCCACCAUGCAGCACGCCAUACCGCUGCUGAAGACAGAAGGUUUGCAUGCGUUCCACCGUGUUCUGGAGCUGCUGUGUGAUGCUCUCCUCCUGCUCGGGGACAGCGUUUGCGAGCUGGUCUGGGACGAUCGCAGCCUGGUGGGGAUGGAGCUGAAAGAGAAGCUGCAAGCCUGCAUGGAGCAACUGGGGGAUAUACUCUUCUUUCACCAGGACCAUUCAGCAGAGGCCCCUCACAGUUCCCAGGUUUCCCACAGAAUGGCCUAUUUAGGGACUGCCAUGUUUACCAUUAGACUUUUACAGACCAUACUCCCUCCAGAGAAGGCCAGUGAAAACCUCCCCGAAAAUGCAGCAACAGCUAUUUUCCACUUAUGCUUGGACUCGUCACUGGGAAGUCUAUUACCCAGCAUGCAAGAGACAGCUGUGGCCUACUUGGAGCAAGUGAACUCAGACAGCCACGACCUCUACCGGAGGGUGAACAGAGCUGCGUUUUGGAUGGAAUCGACUUGUAACUUUGUGAAGGAGGCACAAGCUGAAGGGGAAAAGAACUGGUUGGACCUAGUAGAACUUGCAGACCACGCCAUAGACGGUCUUCCAUUUCACCAGCACCUACCAAUCGUCAAGGAAUGUGUUCACAUGUGCUCUUACUUGUGGAAGUUUGAUCAGCCCAGCCCCCUCCUCCAGACUGAGAGCCAGAAACUCUUCCUCAAGCUGCUGUCCCAUCCCUCGCCGCCUGUCAAAACAGAAACAUACGAGUGUACUUUAAACCUGGUCAAGGACUGCCUUGGCAUCCAGAGUCUAUCGAGACAGGAAGCAGCGGCAUGCGCCGGUGUUAACUUCCUUCUCCACCACAGGGUCCUGUAUGAAAUGAGUGUUUUUGGACUGCAGGACUCUGCUCAAAUGGUGAACAUUGCUGCCAAGGAUAUCCUGCUAUUCCUCCUCAAGGGACGAUUAAUGAUGACGGCUCGAGCCUGGGACAGAUUCAACGAGGCACUUUACCCGGUCAUACCCAUAUUACAGGGCUAUGCCAGCACGGAGGAGUCACUUGGAAAGUGUGUCCUGCUGAUAAGUGACAUGUCGGAUGUGACAGGAGACGAUGUUUUCCCCACCACAGACAAGCUGAAAGCAGCGCUCCGACUCCUCUUCUCUAAACAGCCCACUGUCAGAGUAGCUGCAGUGCAUCACAUCCUGCCCCACCUAACCAGCCACGCUGAUGCAAACCCCAGCAGCGUAUUCACAGAUCAAUCAGUGGCCGCGUCUCUUCCCAACCUCUUCUGCCUCAGAGACCCUGUAGAUGUCACUCUGGACACCAUCAAUAAGUCCAUUCUAAAGGUGGAAUCAGUAGAAAAGCUGUUUUGCAUCCUGGACUCAGAGACAGUAGACAUCUCUCUUCGAAGAUCGGCAGCAGAGCAGCUUUUUGUCGUGCUACAAGACAAAUCAAUGCACUCGGUACUGACGAGUCUCGGCAUCACAGAGAGAGUCAUUUCUCUUAUCACAGACAAUGUAAAUGGCAACAAGAGCCUCGAUUGUCUUCUGGAGCCGUGUGUAUGCAUCUUGAGAAAACUGGUGUAUGCCGAUCCGUCUCUGAGGCACAGCCUGGCGCAACACAACCGCCUGCUCCUCACACUGCUCAGGGCUUCCUUGAUAUUGAAGGAGAUCAAAGGCAAUAACGCUGAGGUGGCCGUCCUCAUGUGUUUGCUGCUUUUUGAUGAGAUCGCCUGCAUUGAAACAUGGUCAGAUAAAUCCACUUCAGAUGCGACUCUUUCACCAUUUUCUCUACCAGUAGCUGCAGUACGGAGGUACAACAUUCCCUUCAAGACAGCAACUCACCAUGCGGUCAGCCCGUACUGCUGCAUCUUGGCUCCUUCCUCUGACCUUUUGUCCCUGAGUCUUGCCCGCCAAGCCUUGCAGGUGGCCUGGAAUGCUGCAUGGCAUUCUGGGAUAGAUAAUCUCCUGGAAAAAUCAAACAGUGUUGCCUGUGAUGCUGAUGGGUAAGGCUCUGCCUUUAACUUAUACUGUGGAAUAUUUAAA